GGGCCGAUUUGCACUUUAAACCACACUUUCUACUUCCUCCCUAUGUUGCUGUAAUAUCUCGUACAGCUAAAGUCUUGAUAUGUGGUUUAGGUCACUGGUGGCGAGUGCGUGCACUCUCGGUGUGUUUGGAGCUGUCACACAUAAAUUCGUUCCUACAGCCUUGCUUCACACCGAUCUUAGAAAAUCAUCUCUUGUGAAGCAAUCAGACAUGAAGGUAGAACUUCUGCCUGCCCUCACCGACAACUACAUGUACCUUCUGAUCGACGAGGACACAAAGGAAGCUGCCAUUGUUGAUCCAGUUGAACCCCAGAAGGUUGUGGAUGCUGUGAAAAAGCAUGGCGUGAAGCUCCGAACGGUCCUUACCACGCACCAUCACUGGGAUCACGCCGGAGGCAAUGAGAAGCUGCUGAAGUUAAUGCCAGGACUGACAGUGUACGGGGGAGAUGACAGAGUGGGAGGAUUAACUCAAAAAGUUACGCACUACAACACAUUUAAAGUGGGAUCCCUGAAUGUAAAGUGUUUGUUUACGCCAUGUCACACCAGUGGUCACAUCUGCUACUUCGUAACGAAAGAAAACAGCACAGAACCACCAGCUGUAUUCACAGGGGACACUUUGUUUGUGGCUGGAUGUGGGAAGUUCUUUGAAGGAACCCCUGAUGAGAUGUAUAAAGCCCUGAUAGACGUUUUAGGUCGUCUUCCUCCAGAGACGCGUGUGUACUGCGGUCACGAGUACACCAUCAACAAUCUGAAAUUUGCACGACAUGUUGAGCCAAAAAACGAAGCCAUCCGAACAAAACUAGCAUGGGCCAAGGAGAAAUACAACAGCGGAGUGCCGACAAUUCCUUCCACCAUGGCAGAAGAGUUCACUUAUAAUCCAUUUAUGAGAGUGAGAGAGAAAUCAGUACAAGAGCACGCUGGGACCACCGAUCCAAUUGAAGCCAUGAAAAUGAUCCGUAAAGAAAAGGACGGCUUUAGGGUUCCCAAGGAAUGAGUCUGUGUUAUUUCAUGCUCGUCCUUUCAUAAAAGCCAAACGCACUAGACGCUUGUCUCUGGCCAGCAUUUCACUAAACAAUACCAGGGCUUUAUGAGCCAUUUGCAUGCCCUCCAUUUAUAGCAAAAGCACAAUUUUUUUAAGUCAGCGUAUGGUCUAUAGUAAGCAAUACACAUAACAAAUUUUUUUAUUAUCGAAAAAUCACUAACAUGACGAUUGAGAGGAAGCUCUGUGCUGUAGGCUUAUUUGUGCUAUCUGUCUUUAUUUAUGUAUGUUUAUGUGAGUUUUGACAUGUUCUGCCUUUGUCACUUUCUGAAUAAUUCAUGUCAUGUUUGACCAUCAAUUAUAGUUUUAUUGUAAAAUAUUUCUCAUUUGAAAUGUUUUAUUUUGAAAAUCACAAAGAAAUAUUUUUAAGAUGUUAUUAAGUUUUAUGAACAAUUGUUGACGAGAGACGUUCUAGAUGUCUGGCUGAUUCAUUUUGAAUGUAGACCGUGUUGAACACCUCAUAAUUCAUUUGGCUUUGUCUUGUUUCACACUUCACCAAAUCUUGCACUUUUCACAAUCAAAUGUUAACAAAAAAGAUGAUUUAUAAAGUGUUCAAACUAAAUAAAGUCUUAAUGUAAAUGUA